AUGGCUGAAGCUGGUGAUGCUGCUACUGAAUGGAUUUCGUGUGAUCUUAUGCUAGUCAAUGCAACUCAGUUUAUGUUGGCUUCAAAUGGUGAUUUUUCUGUAUCAAGCGUUCGGCGGAUCGAAGUGCUAGCAGAACUUGAUACCGGUUGUAGACAUCUCGGUCUGCCAACACAACAAAUAUUAGAAUUGCAACCAUUGGGAGAUUCAAUCAGUCAUGAACAAAGAGCCACAAAUAAUUCAGAUAUAUGGGCCGGUUCGAAUAGAAUUCGGUGGACGAAAGGUGAAUGUAUUAGCCGACCUAAUGGAACAUGCAAUACAUGCAUCAUUAGGAUUAGAAUCGGCUUAGCGAUUGAAAAUUGA